AUGGUAAUUAAUCUAUAGUAAUCUCUAGCCUAAAGCACCCAAAACAAGUAAAGCCAAAAAAUUACAGAAAAAAGUAGCUGAUAGAAAAAAGAACCCCCUCUUUGUUAAAGACGCUAAAAACUUUAGAAUUGGAAACGAUGUUCAACCAAAGAGAGAUUUAUCAAGAUAUGUCAGAUGGCCAAGAUAUAUCCUACUUCACAGAUAAAAAAAGAUCUUAUUACAAAGAAUCAAAGUCCCAGCUGCUAUUCAUUAAUUCAGCAGAACACUUGAUAAAAAUCAAUGUAAAAUUUUAUUACUAUAUUAAAGCAUCCAAAGUAUUGGGUCUCUUGAAGAAGUAUUCACCAGAAACCAAAACUGAAAAAAAAUAAAGAUUAACCAAAUUAGCUGAAUAAAAAGCAUAAGCCUAAAAGACAGACUCUAAGAAGGUCUAAGUACUCAAAUUUGGAUUAAACCAUGUCACUACACUUGUUGAAACUAAGAAGGCUAAGCUUGUUGUUAUUGCCUAUGAUGUCGACCCAAUUGAACUCGUUGUCUGGUUACCACAAUUAUGUAGAAGACAAGAAGUUCCAUUCUGUUUCAUCAAAAGUAAUAUUUAUUAAUAUAUAUAAAUCUUUAGAUAAAGCAAGAUUAGGAGCUUUGGUUCAUUAAAAAACAGCCACUUGUGUUGCUUUGACUGAAGUUAGAAAAGAAGAUUAAGCUGAAUUCGAUAAUUUAGUAACAUUUCUUAAUAUCACAAGGCAAGAGACUUAAGAUAACAUUACAAUGAAAACCAUGAAUUAUUGAGAACCAUCGGUGGAGGACAAGUAGGAAUCAAAUCAAGACAUCAACAAGAAGCAAUAAAGAAGGCAUUUGAAUUAGAGGAGUUGAAAAAGACAUCCUAAUGAACAUGUUUACAUUAAUA